GGAGGAACUCUAUUCGCUUUCUCCUUUUCUUGUUUGCUCAAAGCGAAGCGACGACGCCAUUUCUCUCACUCCAAUCUCACCUCAAAAUUCCCUUCUCCUUCGUCGCUCCCACCUUCAGAUCUCCCACUGGGGGUUUCUUACAUGAUGUGGUUUCUGGUGUAAUAACAAGUAAAGAUGUCGUCUUCUUCUUCACAUAAUAUUGAGCUGGAGGCAGCUAAGUUCCUUCACAAGCUCAUUCAAGACUCGAAAGAUGAACCUUCGAAGCUAGCCACGAAACUCUAUGUGAUACUGCAGCACAUGAAAACCAGCGGGAAGGAACACUCAAUGCCGUAUCAAGUCAUAUCAAGGGCCAUGGAGACUGUCGUCAAUCAACAUGGUCUUGACAUUGAAGCUCUGACGUCCUCACGUCUUCCUCAUGCUGGUGGUAGUACCCAAAUGGAAGAUUCUGGAUCUGCACAUAUGGCUGGGUCUUCUCAAGUCGUUGGAGUUAGCAAUGAGCCCAAAGCAAGUCUAGUUGAAAAUGAGAUGUCGAAAUAUGAUGCAUUCACUUCUGGUAGGCAGCUUGGUGGAUCAACCACUGCAUCACAAGCCGUUUACCAAGGGCCUGGAACUCGAAGUAAUAGAUCCUUCGACCAUGAGAGUCCGUCCAGCUUGGAUUCUAAGCCGGGAAAUGCCCAAUCUCACGAUAGGAGCGAGGCAAUGAAUCAAAGAGAUGUCAAGUCAAAUGCAAAGAGAAAGAGGGGUGAAUCAUCGUUUUCGUGGGAUCAGAACAUAGAUAAUUCUCAACAGUUUGAUACUCAUGGGGCAGUUGAUGACCAGGCUAGAAAAAUGAGCAAAGUAGAAAUGCCGGCAGCAGGUGACGUUGAGAAUUUGCAUGUCGGGUUGUCAUCAGAUGCAUACACGACUUCUCAGGGUGGAUGGCAAAACAGUGAAAUCACAGCAAUCAGGCCUCCAGCUCAUAGAGAUACUGGAAAAUCUGUGGCAGCAGAGGAUGUUCCGCCUUCAGGUCAACUUUUCAAAGAGCAACAAUUGAAGCAGCUCAGAGCCCAGUGCCUUGUGUUCUUAGCUCUCAGAAAUGGAUUGAUGCCAAAGAAGCUGCACAUUGAUAUCGCCCUUGGAAAUGUUUUCCCCAAAGAUGAUGGUUUCCGCAGAGAACUCUUGGAUCAGAAAGGAAGAACACAUUCUCUUAGUGAAUCGGGUAGCAUUGGCGAAGCCUCAGCUCCAUCAGCAAGAAUGGAUAAUCCUACCGGAAGAUUGGCUGAAAUGGACUUCUCAUCAAAAGAAACAGUGAUUCCACGUUUGGAGGACAAAACCUCAAAUGCUAUAUUUCCUGAUGGACAAAAGCUUCUUCUGCAAUCUAACACUCCAGAUGCUCCAGCGCAAAAUCAGGUUUCUGCUAGUCAUUCUGAGCUGGCUUCUUCUUCAGGAGGUGUAGCCAAACACGCACCGGUAGAGAUGGUGGGGUGGGUUGGAACUAUUAACCGUAAUGAUGCUUCAACUUUUGAAUCAGACGAAUUAUGUGCUCCAGAUGAAGAGGAAGGUAACAUGCAACCGCCGCCUAAAUACACCAUGUCACAGAAGUGGAUUAUGGAUCGACAGAAUAAGAGACUUUUGGUUGAUCGGAGUUGGAGUCUUAAACAGCAGAAAGUAGACCAGGCAAUUGGUGCACGGUUCAAUGAGUUGAAGGAAUCUGUUACUUCGUCGGAGGAUAUAUCUACAAAGACCAAGAGUGUAAUAGAACUGAAAAAGCUUCAGCUGUUAAAUCUGCAACGUCGUUUGAGAAGUGAGUUUCUUUACAACUUCUUCAAACCUAUUGGAAACGAUGUUGAGAACCUAAAGUCAUAUAAAAAACAUAAGCAUGGCCGGCGGAUUAGACAGCUUGAGAAGUAUGAGCAGAAGAUGAAGGAAGAGCGACAGAGGAGAAUUCGUGAGAGGCAGAAGGAGUUCUUUGGGGAGAUAGAAGUUCACAAGGAAAGGCUUGAUGACUUAUCCAAAGCUAGGAGAGAAAGGUGGAAGGGCUUCAAUAGAUAUGUAAAGGAGUUCCACAAAAGAAAGGAACGUUUUCAUCGUGAAAAGGUUGACAAAAUUCAACGGGAGAAGAUUAAUUUGUUAAAGAUUAAUGAUGUGGAGGGUUAUCUUCGUAUGGUGAAGGAUGCAAAGUCAGACAGAGUAAUGCAACUACUCAAAGAGACAGAAAAGUACCUUCAAAAGCUUGGAUCCAAGUUAAAGGAGGCAAAAUCUUUGGCCAGUCGAUUUGAGAAUGAGGCAGAUGAGGCACCUGUUGAGGAUAAAAUUGAAAAUGAUGAUGAGAGUGACCAGGCAAAGCACUACCUGGAAAGCAAUGAAAAAUACUACUUGAUGGCUCACAGCAUAAAAGAAAAUAUUAACGAGCAGCCAGCUUCCCUAAAGGGUGGAAAAUUAAGGGAGUACCAAAUGAAUGGCCUAAGGUGGCUUCUUUCCCUGUACAACAAUCAUUUAAAUGGCAUUCUAGCUGAUGAGAUGGGCCUCGGAAAAACUGUUCAGGUUAUUUCGUUGAUUUGCUAUCUGAUGGACACAAAAAAUGAUAGAGGUCCCUUCUUGGUUGUUGUACCAUCCUCUGUGCUGCCUGGCUGGGUGUCAGAAAUUAACUUUUGGGCCCCUACAAUUCAGAAAAUUGUCUAUUGUGGCCCUCCGGAGGAGAGGCGCAAGCUCUUCAAGGAGCAAAUUGUUCAUCAGAAGUUCAAUGUGCUUCUGACAACAUAUGAAUAUCUAAUGAACAAGCACGAUAGGCCUAAAUUAAGCAAGAUCCUUUGGCAUUACAUUAUUAUUGACGAAGGACAUCGCAUAAAGAAUGCAUCUUGCAAGUUAAAUGCGGACCUGAAACACUACAAUAGUUCCCACCGACUCCUGUUAACUGGGACGCCAUUGCAGAACAACCUGGAAGAAUUGUGGGCGCUGCUUAAUUUCCUGUUGCCUAAUAUAUUCAACUCGUCAGAAGACUUCUCACAGUGGUUUAACAAACCAUUUCAAAGUAAUGGAGAUAAUUCUGCUGAAGAGGCGUUGCUAUCAGAAGAGGAGAAUCUGCUGAUUAUCAAUCGUCUUCACCAAGUUCUUAGACCAUUCGUGUUACGGCGGCUGAAACAUAAGGUUGAGAAUGAACUUCCUGAAAAGAUAGAGAGACUCAUACGGUGCGAGGCUUCUGCAUAUCAGAAGCUGUUGAUGAAGAGGGUUGAGGAUAAUCUGGGCUCGCUUGGAAACAUGAAGUCGCGUGCAGUGCACAACUCAGUGAUGGAGCUUCGGAAUAUUUGCAAUCAUCCAUAUCUCAGCCAACUUCAUACAGAGGAGGUGAAUAGCUUAAUUCCUGAGCAUUAUCUGCCUCCGGUAAUAAGACUCUGUGGGAAGCUUGAGAUGUUGGACCGGCUCUUGCCCAAACUCAAAGCAACAGACCAUCGGGUUCUCUUCUUUUCAACAAUGACGAGGCUUCUUGAUGUUAUGGAGGAUUACCUCACCUUCAAGGGAUACAAAUACCUUAGGUUAGAUGGGCACACAUCUGGGGGUGAUCGCGGUGCUCUUAUUGACGGAUUUAACAAGUCUGAUUCACCAUAUUUCAUCUUUUUGUUGAGCAUCCGGGCUGGUGGAGUAGGAGUUAAUCUUCAAGCUGCUGAUACCGUGAUAAUAUUUGACACCGACUGGAAUCCUCAGGUUGAUCUACAAGCUCAAGCAAGGGCUCACAGGAUUGGCCAGAAAAGAGAUGUUCUAGUUCUUCGUUUUGAAACGGUCAAUACUGUUGAGGAGCAAGUUAGAGCUUCAGCCGAACAUAAGCUUGGAGUUGCUAACCAGAGUAUAACUGCUGGCUUCUUCGACAAUAACACAAGCGCUGAAGAUCGUAAGGAAUAUUUGGAAUCCCUAUUACGUGAGUCAAAGAAAGAGGAGGCUGCUCCAGUGUUGGACGAUGAUGCCCUAAAUGAUAUUAUAGCCCGAAGGGAGUCGGAGAUUGAUAUUUUUGAAUCCAUCGAUAAUCAAAGAAAAGAAGAUGAGAUGGAAACCUGGAAGAGCCUGGUACAUGGGUCAGGGUCAAAAAGUUCUGCACCGAUACCACCUAUCCCCUCUCGUCUUGUUACUGAGGAUGACUUAAAACUGCUCUAUGAAGCAAUGAAAAUGAAUAAUGUCCCGAUGGUUGCAGUAGAGUCAAAUGUUGGCAUGAAGCGGAAGGGUGGUUCGGUAGGAGGCUUGGAUACUCAGCAGUAUGGAAGAGGCAAACGCGCAAGAGAGGUUCGAUCUUAUGAAGAGCAACUGACAGAGGAGGAGUUUGAAAAGUUGUGCCAGACUGAGCCAACCGAUUCUCCCAGAGGCAAUGAAGAAGGAAGUGAGAAGAGCUUGCCAAUUGCUACAUCAAAUAUUCUGGGUGGAAUCACUGGUGAAACGAGUUUGGCAAAUGAUAAAGUAGAUAUUCUGGCUGGAAACACUAGUGAAAAGAGUUCUGCAAAUGAUAAAGUAGAUAAUCUGCCUGGAAGCACUAGUGACACAGUCCUCCCCACAUCUACGGCAUUGGCACCGACUCCACAAUCCGUGGAACCUCUACCGAAAUUACAGCAGCCACUGAAAGAAGUAACAGAACCUGUAAAACGGGGACGUGGCAGGCCAAAAAGAGCUGAUAAAACGCCGACUCAAUUAUCUGCAUCAGUUGCAGGCAGGACACAUGCGACAGUGGAUGCCAGAUCACCUUCAGUUAUUGGUUCCGAUGUUACCUCUGGAAGUCUUACUUCCCCUGAUUUAUCUGUUCCGCCUGGUUUUCAACCACUUCCAGCUUCCAGUUCUCCCGCAAUGCCAACGAGAGGUCGGGGCAGGGGAAGAGGCAGGGGACGUGGCGCGGGAAGAGGAAGGAGAGUGGAAAAUAUGUUGCAUGGCGCUGACAGUUCCAUAGGUACUCAGAGAACUAGCCGAGCAUCUCUUUCUGGUGAUCCUGUAGCGUCCAAUUUAGCAACUCUUCCCGUCUCUUUGGAUAUUGAUACAAAAGUCCCUAAGCCUAUUAAAGGAAGUAGUUCUAAUCUUGAGUCGGGGCCUUCCAUACAUUCUGUUACCACUGCGCUGCAGCCCUCUCCUACUGUCUCCCUACCAGAAAGUAGCCUGCUAGAUGCACCUCCUGGUUUUGGUUCUGGAUCCCAUGUUCAGCCGCUAAAUGUAUCGGAGGAUUCCUUGGUAAAAAAGGCAGCUGCUAUAAAGAGCAAGCCUGCUGUUCCAGUUAGAAAUAACCAGGGUUCAGGAGUUCUAAAACAGCCAGUUAACAUACCAAGCUCUGCUGCUUUAGGCCCAGGUCAAAGUCAGACAACUGCACCUUUAAGUGCUAAUCAGCCAUUGAGUCCCCACCUUGUUGGUUCUACAGUUGAAGCUCAAGGCGCCAGUGUUCUUUCUCCUCCUGCACCCAUGCCUGUGAAGAGGCAAGGUCGGAAGACGCCAAACAGAGGAGAUACCCCUAGACGGCGAGGAAGGAGACAUGCUCAAGCUUCACCCGCUGCUGAUGGCUCUUCUGCACGGAGUACAGUAUCAACACCACAAACUGAGGUCAAGGUUGGUGAUUCAUCAGGAUCCAAAGUUACAUCAGUUGGUGACGCUGUUGUCCAAGAACAACCCCAUUUCAACCCGUCAGUUGCACACUCGUCUGCCAGUACAAGUCAGGAAAAAAGGAAAGAAUAUUUAGGUACUGGUGGUUCUGGAAGGAAACAAACUGCUGAUGUGACUGAUGUUGCUCGUGUCAUGAAAGAGAUAUUUUCAGAAACUUCCCUGUUAAAGCAUAAAGUUGGGGAGCCUUCUGAAACAACGGUAACAAAUGAGCCAGAUGGAAAAUCCCCGGAAAUGAUGAAUAUGCACAUAGCUAAGACCAGCAAGGCAGAGAAUAUAAUCCAACCUGCCGAUCAAAACUUGGGAGUAGAAACAACCAGUUCCAGUGUUUCAGUCGGAAAGCAAAAGUCAGAGUCUUCAGUCAUGGUUGAUAAGAUCAUUAAGACUUCAUCUGAUAUUGAGGCUUCUGUUUCUAACUCUGAUGAUAUAACACUCCAAGGUGCUAUGCUCGUUGACUCGGAACGUCCUGUGGUAGAGAGUUGGUUGAGUCGGAACAAGAAAGUUGCAGCAUCAACUGAUCCAAACGUACAAAUGGCAGCAUCUGUUCCCAAUGAUACAGAAGAAAAGAAAAUUUGUGGUUCUUCUAUGCUGGUCGAUGAAAUUGUAAAACCUUCAGCUGGAUCCAAGUCUCCUGUUGAUCAGUCUGAUGAUAUCGCAUGCUCAAUGCACUGUCCCCGUUGAUUCUAAAAGCCCU